AUGAAGCCCCAAACUUUCGUUGUCGCUGCCCUCGGCCUCCUGUCCGGAGAAGCCAUGGCCCAGGGGCCUCUGAUCUCGUCUGUGUCUGCCGCCGUCUCGUCUGCUAUUGCCUCUGGCAGUGCCAUUGCUUCUAGCAUUCGCUCCGAGGCCUCGUCUGUCGCCAGCAGCAUCCGCUCAGAAGCUUCUUCCGUCGCCUCCAGCGAGACCAAUACCGCAACCACCAGCAGUGAGACCACCUUGACAACUACCAUUGCCACCACCACCACCCAAACCACUCUCGAGUCUGCCACCACAGAGUCUGCCACCACAGAGCCUGCCACUACCAUCCCCGGAACCACCAACAGCGAGACCACCAGGGCUGCUACUACCAUUCCUGCUACUACCAUUCCUGCUACUACCCGCUCUGCCACCACUCGCGUCACCACCAGAACCUCUGCUACCACUGCUACCUCUACCGGUCUGGCCAUUGCCCCCACUGCUGAUGCCAAGCUGCUGGCUCCUAUCCUCGGUGCUGCCGCUGCCGUCUUGAUGCUGUAA